AUGAUUCUGAAUUAUCUGAGGAUAGUUGCUUAACUUUUGGUAUAUGUCAAAAUAUAGCCCAUUAAACGUAUAAAGUUUAAGAAUCAAAUUGGAAUGUUUCAAAGUAACUGCUUUUAAUUAAUUAAUGUGAUGGAAUAUACUAGUCAGACUUUAAAAUUUAUUUUUUACGUUUGCCUUGACAAUUCCACUAAAAGAAUUGUCAAGAUGACAUAGUUUGUAAGUGAUGAUGAUGAAUAAAUAAAAUUUGAGAAGUAUGUAGAUCCAAUGAAAUACUCAUUUAAUUCAUAUCAUGGCCUAUUUUAAAGAAAUUAUAGUUAAUCAUUAUUGAAUCAGAGAACAAAAUUUUCAAUCAAAUAUUAGAGAAUAUUGACCUUUUCAAAAAAUAAUAACUAUUAUUAACUUUUGGAGAGAUCUUGGAAAUAAUGA